AUGGCUGAGCGCGAAGAAGACGCUUUUGAGAGGAAAGAAAGCAAAAAAGACAAAGGUUACAUUGCGUUUCGCUCAGACGAUGACAGCGUCGGAGAAGAAGAAGAAGAAGAUUCCAGGUAAAAUUUCAUUUUUUUACGUGUACACGUUCCUUGGAGGGUGUAGAACUUCCCCCUCUUCUCGUGACAGCUUUUUUGAGAAUUCUUUUGGUUUCAUUUUAAGCACCUAAAAGGGGAUUAUAACUGAAGAUAACCUGCAUGUACGGAAGCUUUAAAUUUUUGUGGGUUUGUGUACCUUGAUCGCGCGUACCGUCGUCCUCAAGGUGGGCAUGGACCUGUCCUUUGAUGAUGCCGCAAAUACAUAUUUAAAUCCUUUGUGAUAAGAAGCACUGAUGGCUAAUAUAAAUUAAGUUUUUCUUUAAUCUUUUAUCCCAGUAUAUCUGGGUGUAAUAUCCGAUCCAUCCUAUUAUCAUUAAGCUUAUCAUUAAUUUCAUUUCUUUUUCGGGAUUGGCAAAUAAUUAAAACCCCAAACAAUUUUAUUGAAGCGUGUUAAUUUAUCUAUUGCAUACGUUGCAAAGGGGUUCCGUUUUCUUUAGUUCACAUUAAUAUAGUGAAGAUACAGUUUUAAAAAAUGCAUGCUGGUGUUUCUACAAUAAAGUAAGUACAUUAAUAACGUUAUUAUUGUAAGUAGGUUAAGCAUGAUCGUCUCGGUUCACAGUUUUACAUUAUUAUAUCAAGUAGUAGUUUAGUAUAGAAAUUUAGCAGUUUAUUAUUAGUAGUUUAUUAUAGAAAAAACCCCAUUAUUCCAUAAAGCACUUAGAUUAGAUUAGAGUGAUUGAAGUUUUUAACUAACAAAUGACAAUUUUUACUACAUUAAUAUUGUUAUUAUUUUAUCGCAAUUUCCAUUUUUUUUAAAUUUACCUACUAUUUACCCAUUUAUUUGGCUAUGUAAAUAUUUACAUUCAGUAGUUUAUUUUUAAUGUCUUGCAGUGAUGGGUACCCCCCUUAGUUUGUAGAACUUAAAAUUUAUGUAGAUGUAGAUGUAGAUCCUGUGUUAUAACACUUUGGUAUUUCAUAACAAGAUAUUGUUAAAAAAAAAAACAUUUUAUCUAUAAUUAUUGAUGCUAAUAUACAUGAUCUACUAUGUUUAAAUUAUAUUCAAAGCAUAUAUCAUUUGAUGAAACAAAAUAGUUCAAGCCUGAUUUUCUCUCAUUUCAUUGGCCAAUGGUACAUUUCAGUUUUUUGCUGUCAUUUCCUCUGUUGAAAAUAUGUAAAUGUAUUUUUCUAUAUAUUUCUUAUGACAAUGAAAAAUUGUUAGCACUCUUUCUGUUGAGAGCCUCAAGGAAUUACAAAUGCUUAGACCAACUUGUUUCUCCUUUUUGACAAAGAAGUUAAGAAAGGACUCAGAGUUUGAUGGGCCCUGUUGCCAGUUUGCUGCGAUCAGGUACAAAGUGGCUCUUCCAUUUGUAAAGUAGUGCUUUGGUUUGGCCAGUGUUUAUACUAUUCAAGUAUGAAGUAGCAUUUUUAAACUGUACUGAGCUUUAUCACAGAAAUGCAAUAAUUUGAUCAUACAAUUACAAUUACAACAGAGAUACACUGUACAAUUUAUUUUUUAAUUAUUAUUGAAUAAUUAUCAUCAAGAAAACAGUGAAGGGCUUUGUGUGAAAAAAGCGAUAAUGUCAUUGGAAACAAAAAGGUGAGCAACUCAAAAGGUACUAAAUUGCUGUACCUUGCCAUUGAUAUUUGAUCAACAUUCAUUCUUAUUCACAGUGUCUUGCAAGUAAAAUAAUUAUACCUGUUAGUGAAAAACAUCAGGCCAACACUUCUCAAAUUUGAGUGCUAAAAUUGCCGGAAAUUUUAAUUGCUUUGCACUUCACUGCUUUUUCCUGCUGCUGAUGAUGAUCACUUGAUUUACAUGUCUGUGGUACUAGUAGACUACGAGCAGUCUCUCUUUUUUCUGUAGUCCGUCGAGCAAAACGCGAGAAACGCAAAUGGCCACGCGCGUGACUGAUGGCGCGAGACGGGAGAGGCACGAAAAAAGAGAGACUACCCGCAAAGCCAGAGAGAAUGGUCUUUCACGGUCUAGUGAUUUUUUGGCGUCAAAACUAAAGUGUUGACAGGCCAGGCACGUGAAACGUGACUUUAGAGUUUGCUUGAACAACAGAGGUUUUUCUACUUUUCUUUUUAAAGCGCAGCUUAUGCAGUGCAUAGAGUUAGAGUCGAUUCUAAUUGACGGAGCAAAUCUUAAUUUUGGCCGCUGGUCUCACAUUUAGAGGUCAUGAAGCUGGUCUAUUUCUUUUAUAUGAAUAAUUCAUUUCCUGUGCUUUAUGUUUUGAAUGAGAUCACCCGUGGCCUAGUUUUUGUUUGCAGGAUGUUGAAUUUUCACGGGACAGUGUUCUACAUAUCCUAAUUGUAGCUUAACUAAAGCUAAGCCAACGCUGCAAGUCACUCAAGAUCAUUCUUUGGGCGCCGAUUCGAUUUGUUUUUUCUUUCUUUCUUGAGAAUCUUUGUUCUUUAGCGCGAUGUUCUGUAGUGUAUCCUUUGGUAAUUACAAUUGUUUUAGCUUUAUAAAAUAAACAGUCUAAUGCUACUUUCUGUUUUAAUUUCCAAAGUAAGACAACCGUUUUGGAACAAAAGCGUUCCUUGACAGUGAAGAAAGGCUUUGAGCAUUUAAAUUGCGCGAUCACGUCACGUACCGGGAGAGAUGAGACCUUCUUAUGCUUCUCUUUGCUCCGUAUCUAAUGUUUUUUUUUUUCGGGAAACGUGACAAACUUUCCUGCAGUGCUUCAGCCACCAUCCACUUGUCAAUGGUUUCGAUUGUUGACAGCUUGUUGUCAACGCCUCACAAAUCAGCCAAUCGUAUUUUGCGUUGUGAGGCCAACGCUUAAUUCAUUGGCUCUGGCUAAGCGGGCAGUCUCUCUUUUUUCUUCUCGGGCUGCCGCCCUCGUUUCGCGCGUCUCGCGGCUUCGCCGCUCCCGCGCGCGUGCAUUGCUCCCACUAAAUCUGAAGAAAAAGAGAGACUGCUCGCAGUCUAUGGUACUAGCUAGUCAAUAAACCAAAAAUUGUUAAAUUUGUUUCCUAUUAAAAAAUUUCUUAAGGAUAGCUGUCUACAUAAGAAUGUUCUUCAGAACAUUUUAAUGCAUGUUGUAUACUUAUUUACAUGUAACAGGAAUACAGUGGAACCUUGAUAUAAUGAACCUCUAUAUAACAAAGUCCUUGAUACGAUGAACGAUCUUUUCAUCCCAAUAAUAGUAAAAUAUAUGAAAAAGAACCUCGAUAUAACAUAUUAACCUUGUUAUAGAGGACAAAUUUUGCCAGUCCCUUGGCCCAUCACCUUUACUUACAAAACUUACUUAGAUAUAUAAAAAGAUUUCCUUAAGAAAAUAUAUUAAAAGCUGAUAUCUUCAUUUUAAGAGUAAUAAUGGUGUAGACUAAUCAGGUAAUGUACAUUACCGUAAUUUAAAGAUAACUUACUAAGGAGGCUAUGAAAAGUUACCGGUAUUCUAAGUACAGCAUAGUGGGAACCUCAGUCAUACAAUAUUUGUUAGCAUCUUCUAUUGCUGUAAAUCUUGUUAUCUGAUUGCUGACAUAAACCCCGAAAGAGAGGGAGCUUACCAGUUUUUUUUUAGCUUGGACCAAAAGAUAAUGGAACAAAAGAUCAAUAAUUAUUAACAACCAAUUAUUUUUGCUUCAAUUAAUUUUCUUGCAUUUUUGGCUAUUAAAUGUUAUUAUUUUCCCAGGCCCAAGGGGAAGAAAGUGAAAAGGGAGAAGUCUAGAUCACUGGCUUUGCGCAUCAAGACAAAAAAGCAGAAAAAAGAGAAAGAAAAGGACAAAGAAAAGGAAAAGGAUAAAGAGAAAAAGAAGAAAAAGAAAACAGAGAACCUUUCGCCUCCACAAGCACCAAGUAAAAUUGAGUUGCUUAUGCUAGAGGUCUAGUAUUCAGUACUAUAUUGUAGCAUUUUUUGGUGGCCUUAAGUUGAAGAAAGUAAUUUGUUAUUAUCAUUAUUAUUAUUAUUAUUAUUAUUAUUUCAUUUUUUAGUUUAUAGACAGUUGUUUACAUUUGCUUUGUUGAAAACCACCAGACCACCAAGAAGUCUUUUUUUACUAUAGUUAUACUAAAUUUGUAUUUAAUUUUCAAUUUGAGAAGAGUUUAAUAAAGUAUGUUUUUGAGAAUUAUUAUUAUUAUUAUUAUUAUCAUUAACAUCAUAAAAUAUAUUUUGGUUCAUGUAGAGGCUGGUUUCCACAUGAUUGUUAAGUUCUCUGUGUGUCAUGAUCAUGUUGUGAUCACAUGGAGUAAAAUCUUCUGUAAUUGUAACAAUCACAUCUUUCACUUUGAAUGUCGCUAAGAAAGACUCAAGCUCACUCUAUUUUUUAUUAAGUCUCCUGUGACUGUUUGGUGAAAAGCUGUGAAUUUAUCAUUAUUUUAGAUUGCUAAAAAUGCUUGUUUUUAGGUGAUUAUCCAUGGAAAUCAUGGCAAUCACAUGAAAACCAGACUAAACAUGUUGAUUUGCAUGCAUAUAUUAUGCAGACUGUAGUGAUGUAAUUAAUUUGGGCUCAAAAUUCAAUCUUUAGGAAAACCAGUGUUUGGAGUCCCAUUAGAAGUGGCAACUAAACAAACCAGACUUCCAGAUGGAGUUGAGCUGCCCAGGGUUUUCCGGGAAGGAAUUGUUCACAUUGAAGAAAACUGUAAGUCACCAUUUUCUUACUCUUAGUUUGGUUGCAAGUGAUCAACUCAGUUGAUAAAACAAAUGUAUAAUGUUUGUGUUUUUUCCCCCUCCAAUCCAUCACUAGAAUUAUUAUUUCUCCUAGACCAAGUAGUUCAAAGCCGGGCAGCUACUGUAGCUCUUACCGUAACAUGAUCAUGAGUUGUUAUGACUUUUACAAUCAUCUUCAAAAGUGUUGGGGAGGCUGCUACUUUUUACCUCUUAUUUCCUUUUUUCCACACCCUUGGCCCAAUUCUGAGCAAAGCUUAAAUGCUAUGAUAGUUCUGGUUUAUUUCAACACUGAAUAGGGGGAAUGGAGGAUAUUUAGCAAAAGGGAAAGCCAUCAUUUUUGAAGUUUAAAAUGAACUACUGUUAAUAUAUACAAUCUUACUAACUACUGGUACUUUUGACAAUCAGGGAUAUGGAUUAGCACUAUUAUUGCAUAACUGGAUGAAACACAAUCAGCGACAAAAUCGUUGAGACAUUUUACUCAAAUAGUGUAACUACAGAGAACAAAAGAAUCCACACCCCUCCCCUUCCCCUUCAUUCAAAGUUGGGGUGUUUGUUGUUUUCUAUAGGUAACUCGAACAGCGGCACAACAUUGCAUGGAGGGGAUGGGGGAGGAAAAGCUUUAUUUUGGAAGUCAGAAAGCCCCUUUAGGGCAAAGUUUCUAAUUUUGUCACCUAUUCUAGAAACAUACGUUAAUUGUAUCUAGUACAUGUGUAUUUGUCUCCGUAAUGAAAAACACCCAGAAACUUCAGACUUCAAGAGGUUUUGAAUAAUAUUCUAAUGCAGCACUUAACUGUAUUCAGGCCUUGAGGUUGAGGGAAUUUACAGAGUUUCUGGGACAAAGUCUAAAAUAGAUUUCUUGAGAGAAAGCUAUGAUCAAGGUAUGUGCAAAAUUGAAAGUAUUUACUGUUAAACUCAAAGACAGAUAUUACAUUUACCAGUUUAGUACAGCUUUAAUUCUCUUGAGCAUGCAUUAAAAUAUUCUGGCCACAUCAACAUAGGCCUCUUUCAUGUUCUAUAUCAUUGAACGUGCUGGUCCUUUGGCAAGACUAAUCAUAAUUUUUUUAGUUUAAAAAUUUAGAAAAAAGUUCAAUAAUGAUCUUUAUUGAAGAAAGUAUUGUGGAAUAUUUUAUUUACUCAAAUGUAUACAUUAUUAUUAUUUAAUAUGUUUAUUAAUGUCAGGGAUAACCAUUCAGUGGUCUGCGAUAUAUUUUUCUCAUUAAGCUAAUGAAGCAGAAAGUACAUGUAUGAAUCAUGGCGGGGGGAGGUAGUUUCUAAAAUGGACUUUUUAUGGGUACACUCCCCAGAGUAGAGGUACAUUUUUAGACUUAAUAAAGUUGUAACAGGAUGCAGAGAUUUUGAAUUAACAUGUAGAAAAGACUGGAGUAAAUGUCUAUUUUUAGUAGGAAAUGAAACGUCUUGAACAAGCUGAUCCAAGUUAGUAUUUUACGAGUUUGUAAAUUUUUUGGGGGUCGACCCCAAAAAAAUUUAGAAGGGUUUGUAUGGAGUUUUCUAAGCAUAACUGGGCUACGAUCUCAGAGACAAUUUGCCCCAAAAUGCUCAUUUUUGGCAAGCAGGCCUCUUGGACAUUGUUCUUUCAGAAUAUCCUGACAAAUCCCAUAAUUUCAGAAAUUUCAUUUUUAUGACGUCACACUUUAGUACUCUAUUGGAAUGACAUCAUUUUGUAUUGGUACCAAUCGUACCAUUGGUACCAAUGGACCAUCAGUUAGACCAAUCAUAUCAGUUUGUAUAUAAAGGGAAAGCACUGAAACUGAGCACUUUGGAGAUCGACCUUCUGAAUAUCUUUAGAUGUCAUGAAAACAUCUUUUAGAAAUCUCUUGGCUCUCUUUGUGGGUAGUCAUUGGUAAAAAUUAAAUCUCAUCUAAUAUACCUUUGACUUGAAAAAGGCUGGCAGUUUAGCUUUAUGGAAUUUGACCUCUGAGUGAGGGCUGUCACUGAUAUUUUUAGCAAGGAAAGCACUGCAACUUAGAACUUUGAAGACCUUUUAUGUUUUUUGUAAAUGUCUUCAGAAAUCAUCAAAACAUCCUUAGAACUCAGGGUAGUCAUUUCUGAAAAUUAUAUUUCAUAUUCCUUUGACUUGAAAAAAGCUGACAGUUUAGCUCUCUAGAAUUUGACUUUAUUCAUAAUACCCUUUGGGUUAAUUUGCCUCAUGUUGCUUAGUCUUUGGAUUGUACUCUGUUUGUUUUUCUUGAAGGUAAAACAGUGGAUCUUCAUGAAUAUGAAGCUGAGGCUGUGUCAAGUUUGAUAAAACUUUAUCUUCGUGAGUUACCUGAAAACAUCCUUACUGCUGCAUUGGUUCCAAAGUUUAAUGAAAUCUCCAGUAAGUAAACAAAUGCAUAUUGUACAUGUAUUCCUAGUGGAAUAAUUCAGUCAAUACCUGUUACUUUAAAAAAAUCAAUAUAAUCUAUCAGAUGAUGUAAGCUCAGUGAUAGAUGAUGGAUGUAAGGGCUGUUCUCUCUGCUCAUCAUAAUAAUUUAAUUUUACAAUUUUCAGUCUUGUUAUAAUAGUGAUUAGUAUAUACACACUCAGUGAUCUUGGUAAUUCAAGUAAUCUGAUUGGUUCGCUAUCGCGGACUAUGACGUUAUAUUCACCGCACUAGGCAGUGAAUAUAAAGCAGAACAAAAUCGCUGUCGUGAACUGGGUGUUUUCCCAAAGUUUCAUAGUAAAGCCUUUUUGAAAAUACACAAAUAUCCAAGUGCUGAUGACUUUAAAGACAAGAAAAGACUUCAUGGUGUUUAAACAGCGUCAUCUAUUGUGAAGUGGUUUACAAUAGCUGACUUUUUGUACGCUUGAAGCUAUGUUUACCACUACAGAGGAAAAUGAGGCCGCUUUGUCACUGUUUUGUGAUUUCGGGAUUUUCUCGCAAGACCAAUUUUGCCUAUAAAUAGAAGUUAAUUUAUGGAGAAAAGAGGAAGGCAAAUAUUUUUGAAAAUUGUACGUGCCAGCAAGUUAACAAGGCAAAGAACAUUGGAGAUAAACAAUGCUCACCUUGAUCGGAGCCGCUGUUGACAGCAUUUGCAAGAAGUGACAAAGAAAACUUUCUCAUUCACAGUGAGUUGACAGAAACAAAUAAAGCUCCACUUUUCUUCUCAGAAUUGGAUAAUAAUAUAAGUUUUCGGCGUUUUCUUUUUAACCGUUGAUGCUAAAGCUUACAAAACUCGAUACAAAAAGAUUAAAACUAUUGUUUGCCAUUUUUGAAGAUACUGUAAAGAUCUAACUUUUGCGCAUCCACUGUUUACGGCUUCGUGUUCACACAUGAAUUCACCUGUCAAUCAAACUAAUAUUUUUUUAAUGGUUUCCUUUCUGAUUCUGUUGAGAUCACUUUGUGUGAAUAUAUUGUUGAAUAAUCCCCUUGACUCCGUCUCGGGGAUUCUUCAACAAUAUUAACUUUGCCUUCGGCGAAUAAUUGUUAAAUACUGCUCAUUUUAGAUUCUCAUUAGAUUGUAAUACAUUAUGUUUCGUUUUAAUAUGUUUACUUAUUUAUAUUAAUAAUUAACAUAAAAGUAAGCCGGAGCCAUAUAGCUAGGGAAAAACCCCAUACUAAUCUGGGGGUACAAUUUAUAAUUGGAAUUAGGUUUACAGUAAUUUAUUGUAUACGUAAUUCCAAUAUAAAUUGUGUUCCCAAAUUAGUAUGGGGUUUUUCCCAAGCUAUACAGCUCCGAUACGGCUCUAUCUAUCUAUCUAGACACCGGCAAGAGUCAUUUUCAUUAAUUUUAUGCAUUUAUUUGACAAUUUUGAGGUCAAAAUGGCUAGGGAUAACUGGUCAGGUUCUUUUUUUCUUGUUGAUAUUCUCAACAGAUAACACCCUCUUCAAUCUGUUUAAUUCUGAUCUUCAGAUCAUAGGAAAACUGAAUCCAAAAAUAAUAUUGCUUUGUGUCAAUUUUAUCGUCAAAUAGCAGGUGUCAUCCAUCAUGUUAAGUUGUAUUCUUACUAUGUUUUUUCAGCUAUUUCUUCUUCGUAAAAUGAGUGAAAUAUUCUGCCAUUUUCCAGUGCUCUACCAAAACAAUGCAACCUUGUCCCCAGAGGUUCCUGUCAUCCCUAUUUCUGGCAUUUACCUUGUACUACUGAUGUCAUAUCAGGCAAACAUCUUCCAUAUUUGGUGAACACUAUCUGUUUAUGAAGAAUUAGCCAAGGGAUUUGAGCCAGUCAGAAACAAAAAAAAAUUUGAAAUAAUCAGUAAUUCUGUCUGUGUUUUGCAUCAAGUACACUGCAAUAUUCUGCUCAUAAGUACCAUAAGCAUGCCAUUUCUUUCUCCUUCCUCAACUUCUAAAAGAUUGUUCAAGUGGAAGCCCUUUGCAUAUGUAGCUGUUGUAGCUGUUCGUCGCAUUAUUGUUUUACUAUAGGUAUCAAGGACAGAAGUGAACAAGUGGAAAAAACUAAACAGCUCCUUACUGAGCUGCCGUCAUGUAACAGGACACUGUUGGCAUGGCUCUUCACUCACAUGUCUCAUGUCAUAGAAAAGGUGAAUACCAUCCCAUAAUGAUUUUAUUAGUAAUGCAACUCAUCAUCAUCAUCAUCAUCAUCAGAAUCAUCAUUCAUUGUCAUUGACGUCAUUAUCAUCAUUAUCAUCAUCACAACCACCACCACCACCAUCGUCAUCAUCAUAUUUGUAGUGAACAUCAUCAUCAUCACCGUUGUUGUCAUCAUCAUCAAUCUGUUGUAUAGGGGGAUUAUGUCUCAUAAUGUCUCACUCAUGUGUCUCUUCUCAUAGAAAAGGUGAAAGCCAUCCCAUAAUGAUUUAAUGGGCAAUUCCACGCGAGACAAUGAAAUUUUGAAUUUUUUAAAAUAAAAUUUUGCACAAUGAAACUUAACCAACAGAAAGCUGAAACAAUGGGCUGUUUGAAAUUACUGAGAUCUUGUGCGUCUUGUCCAUGUGCUUAAUGUGAGAAGGCAUGAAAUCCAGAGAAUUUGAAUCUCAUUAUAUUUGGAAUUUAUGGAAGGAAAUUUUAAACAAAGUUUUAACAUCUAAGAAAACAUUACAGUUAACAUAAAAGUAUGUGUGUACUAUAACCUUUGCCUUACACUAUCAUUAGGCUAUAAAUUAUUAUCCAGCUACUGACACUUUCCUAAGAAAAUUGACAUUGAAUUUUUGUUGCGGACAUUAGGUUAACGUAUUUUUUUUCAGUUCCUGUACACAGUGUGCUGUAUUUUCAUGUGCUAUUGAUGCUGCUCAGUUAGUCUGAUGUAUACUCUAUUUUAAUCUCAAAACAUUUCCUGGGUGGGUUUUCUUUGCUCAGAAAUUAUAAGUUGAAAAGUGUUGUGGACAUUACGUUGCGGACAUUACACAUGUGAAAAUUAUUUUAAGGGGUCAGUAUAGCAGAAAAAAAUCUGACUGGUAUUGCAUGAUACUAGGUCUCAGCAGGAGAUUAUAUAAUAUUAUAAUAGAACAUAAAUAAAGUAAAUGAUAAUUUCACAGCUUCAUUUUUAGACAAGUAACUACAGAACAAAUGGACAUAGCCACAGUCAGCAACACUUACUAGGAAGUGAAUGAUAAAAAAUGUGUUCCCAAAAAUGUAAUGUCCGCAACAAUUUUGUGUAAUGUCGACAACACAAACUGUUGUUUGUAGAAUCACUGGAACAAGGUUGCAUGGAAUUUUUUUUUGACUGUUGAAAAAUCUAAUUAUUGUUAUGUUUUGAAGGCACAAUUAUUUUCUGCUCAAGGUUAAAAAUUCACAGGAAAAUCUCUUUAAAGAAAGUUACUUUAAAAAGUGGUUGUUUAAACGGUAAUGUCUGCAACACACUUUCUUCAACUCAUACCUUCAAGGUCUUAAGAGCUAACCAAAGCAUCUUUUUAUUAGGUACAAAGGGAGCACUAAAAAUACUUUCUAGAUAUGUUUGAACACCCUUAAUGAACAUUUUGACAUCUAAAUUGGGGUUUAAAAUAUUAAUUUUAGUAUGUGAACGUAAUGUCCGCAACAUGGAAUCACCCUAAUUUGUAGUGCUAAUCAUCAUCAUCAUCAUCAUCAUCAUUGUCAUUAUCAUCCUCAUCACUUGAUGUCAUUGUCAUCAUCAGCACAACCAUCAUCUUCAUCAUCAUUUUCAUGAUCAACACCAUCAUCACCAUCAAAUGUUAUUGUCAUCUGUUGUGUAGGGGCAUAAUUAAGAUUAAUCCUUAUUACACUGUAUAAUGAUCUUGAUCUGCUGUUUGCGAAGCUGUCCAUUUAUGGAAAGUUCAACUGUAAUUUGUUAUUGAAUCGUGUAAUGUACCUUAGGGCUAGGCCAAACUUCAAAUGUGCGAAACUCAAUGCUAAUGGGCAAGAUCAAUAGAUUUUGCUUAUUAGCAUUAGAUUCAGCAUGACAUGUGAAGUUCAUCACUUUACCUAACUUAAGAUGUUAAACAAUUACAAUUGACAUCCUUAUUUUUUUCCUCUAGUAUUCAUCAAACAGAAUGAACCUACAGAACAUUGGAAUAGUUCUGAGCCCAACGAUGAACGUAGGACACAGUGUGUUGUUCAUUUUCCUGAACUACGUCGAUGACCUCUUCCCUGAUACAAAGCUCACAAAGUAAGUACCAUAGUGGUGGCAUUUGGUUUAAGUUUUUUUAUGAAAAAAAUAUAGUACAAGGAUUUUUUUUAUGAAUAAAGCUUAUGUCAUUUGAAAAAAGGGUUUAAUAGCACAUAAUUAUGAGACCAAAGACCUUGGUAGUCUUUUAAUUUAGUUUGAUGGGUAGAUCAGAGUAGAUCUUCCAAUAGUCAAUGUUAUGUUCUAGUAAUGUACUUCAAAAUGUACUUCAAAAAACAACUACAAACAAGCAGUGUAAAUGAGGAUUUAGUGCGCCUAUAAGUUAGCCUUUCAAAUAAAUAAAUAUUAUAUUUGAGUUGGUGAAAUCAACAGAGCAUGGUCGAUUUUAUUGUUUUUUGGUACUUGUUAUUGUAAACAAUGAGCAGCAACAAGACUCAUUUCUUCAUUUUUGCUGUCCCAUUUCAUUUUUAGUUACUUGGUUAACUUCCUUUUUACAAAGAGAAAAGAUGGCUGUAUUAACAAGGGGUACAAAGUUCCUCAAUCUGUUAUUAUUAUUAUUAUUAUUAUUAUUAUUAAUUUAUUAUGAAAGGCUCAGUAAUAAUUAUUAGAAGCAUGUAGUGUUUUUUUUGUUAAAGGUACAGUGGACCUCUUACAAUGUCUGUUGGAAUGGGUGAUGAUGAAGAGGAUUUACCCAGUAGUCCAAAGUAAGAUGCAGUAGAAAAAACAAUACAAGUUCACAGAGCAAGAACUGAUUUGAUUUUAAUUAUUGUGCUUGAAUUUUUAUGUUCAUUGGGCAUAGAGGCUCUAAACGUAAUCAAGAGCAUGAGGACUAUGUGUUUGGUCUCUAAAACAUCUUCAUGUUCUUUGUUAUCAAAGAAAUCAAUACUGCUUAGCUUUUAAAGUGCAUUAUGCAAUAUAGUAUACUUAAAAAAUCAUCAAGCAGUUGCAUGAAAAAUUUGCUGUUUAAUAAUUACUGUUCACAUAUAUCCAGGCUUGGAGGAUAUAUAUAUAUAUAUAUAUAUUUUUAUAGAAUUAGGACUUAUGUCUGACCAGGUUAAUGUUUCAAUAAUCAGUCAAACAAAAAAAAUUGUUGGACAUACAAGCCAAUCAGUUACUUAACCGGCAGUCUUUGGUAUUUGUUAUGUAUGUCCAAAUGUGUGGUGGUAGGUACAUGUAGGAUUUCAUUUGAUGUGGACAAAUAUUGUAGUCAAAGACUGACUGUUAUUUGCAGAUCUGCACAUAAAUUAUCAUUAUUUUCUAACCUCUCUAACUGUUAGUAGCUUCAUCAUGAGAAAUUAUUACUCACUAGGGACAAUGUAUGUAAUUGAUUUUGCAUUAUUACUCAAAAUAAUCAAUAUUUUAUCUUCACAGUGCAUUAGCUUCUGCUUUGGCUAAGCAAGAAGCAAUUCUUACUCAGCUUCAUGAAGAACUCAACAUGAAUACAGACAAUGCACAGGUACAAGUUAGCAGUUAGCUUUAAAUAUGUCUAUCAUGCACCAACUUAAAUGCAUUAUUCUCACUCAAUUUCAUGAAGGCUUUUCUCCAAGGCUGUGCUUUAAGAAAAAUUGAAGGGAGCUCAGUGCUCUGAACUCACUCAAGAGCAAAAGUUUAAGGUACCAGGGCCCAUCAGGCUCUUCUAGAGCACAGCCUUAUUCUCAAAUGGCUGUAGAUGUGCAGAGAUGUUCUAUACCUCUCAGUAUAGUCCAGGUGGCAGAGAGAGGGGACAGAACUGUGCUUGAUCCCCACCCAGUGACCCCCUGGUGACUUAUUCUUCCCUUCAGGUGACAGAUACUGGGAAACGUCAAUGUCACAGGUUGACAGAUUUAAUGCAGGUGGUGGGAGGAGGUGCUAAAAUUGUUCUUUGAAUCCUGGCAGAGUUGCUCUAUGAAUUUAUAGGAAGGGGGUUUACUGCUAAGACCCUCGUAGACCUGGCCUGUAUCAGACCAUUUUUCAGCAGCUGUAUCUUGCAAAGCUACACUGAACUAGAGACCAACAAUCUCCAUCCCACUUAGGCUUACUAUUGCCUGGUUUCAAACCAAGAGGGACUGGGUAUGAGUCCAUUUAUGAUGCAAUUAUCAGCACAAGACUCACUUACUUUUAUAAGACUCAGAAAUUCCACAUGAGAUUUUUUUGGGAGUUUUGUUGGAAGCCGUAAUUUUUUUUUUUUGUUUGGUUUUUGCUACUAUACACUUAAUGUCAGAUCCCCGAGACGAAGUCAAGGGAAACAUCAGGACUCGAAGGAAAACAAAAGUAACUGGUUUCUGGAGGGACCUGACAUUAAAUGUUUUGUUAUAUAAUUUCUGGACUUUCACUUCAACAGCAACAAAAGAAUAAGCUGAGUGAACCAAACCAGUCGACUCAGCACUUAUAAGAACACAAAUUUAAUUCUCAAAACCCCAGCUGAAUCAAUGAUUUACAAAGUACUUUCCUUAUAUUAUCUGCAUCUUUUUCCUACACUAGCUGCUGUUUCUCUUCUGGGAUAACUUUGAAAAUCAUUUUUAGCUUGAGGCUUCGUGGUUGUGUUGUAAUGUGUUCAUUCACGAGAAAGAAAACUGGCAGUGUUUUUCUCGCCUUCUGUCACGCCACUUUCCACCAUGCUUUGAUCACAUGCUGUAAUGUAUCCCGAGCCGGGUGCAUUGCUUAAUGUAUCACAGUCGGGAUACAUUAAUUUGAUUUUAGUCAAGGGUAUGUCACCAAGAAUCAACCGGUGGCAGUCCCUGUUUAGUUGAGUGAAAGUCUAGAAAUAUAACAAUUUCAAUUAUCCCAUGGGGAUGUGAUACACAUGUAGCCAUAUGUGUCCAGAAACUGCUGGUACGAUCAAUCCCAAGGGUGGGAACUUGUUCUAACUUACAUAUUUUGUCUUUUUUUAUUUUCUAGCCUGACAGACAAGAUGAGAUGCUUUGGGAAGUGCAAAGAAAGGUUACCUUACUAAAAAGGAAGGUAAAUGAUGUCAGCAAACAAAGAUACUUUACCUGUUAACAAGAAUUUAAGGAGCAGUUCAGAACUUUGUGUCGAGAUUUAACCAAAUCCAGGCUCUGGAAAGUGACCAUUGAAUUGAGCAAACUGUAACUAACCUUUAUUGUUUUCUCAAAAGUCUACCUUUAACUUCUUAGACAUGGGAGGAAAGUUUCAAUAACACGGCAAAUAAAAAAAGAAAGCAUGGAAUCAAAUUAAAGGGCAAUAUUGAAUUUUAUAAAAAUAGGGCUUUUCAAGACAUUUCAAAAAAUCUGCUGUUUGUAUCCCAACUACAUUCCUGGUUGCUGUAGACGUUCAUAAGUACUGAGGUUAGAUUUUAUUCAUCUGUCCAAUGAAUUUGGUGUUAACUUUGCCCAGACAUGAUCACAUCAUGUCCAUAGGUAGUUGAGAUUGCAUUGAAAUAUUUGGACAUUGUCCAACAAACCACUGUUAUUUGCAGCUCUGCAAUUUUAGUGGUGCUCUCUCAAUAGUCAUCUUAUUAAAUAUUGGUUGUUUUGGUAAAACCUGACUGAUUAAGUGAACUAGUCCUGUCAUUUUAUUUUGUUCCAGCUGAGACAUGCUAAGCGACAUGCAUUGCAGUCAAAUCAGGGAGAAGAACAACAGAAAACACAAGAGCAUACAACUGAAACAAAAGAUGAAGAGGAUGGUAUGAUACAUUUUGCAUGUCAAAGUAAUAAAAACAUUUUAACCAGCUCAUAAUAACUAGCACAUUUACUUGAGAUACAAUCAUUUUACAUAAUGUUAAUUAAAUUACAGAUUGCAUAGCACCCAUGUUAAGUGCAACAAAAUGUAAUGACUGAAAUUAUGAUUGCCCAGAAGAGCUACUCUCCUUAAGAUCUUCUUAAACACCUUUGAUGACUGCUGACAAAAGAAAUUGAGAUGAUAACCCUGCCCUCUUGCCUGGCCAAUGUCAUUUAUGUUUCAAGAAAAGUAAAUAACCUGAAUAUUAACGUUCAAUGUAAAAUUGUCUUUCAGGAGCAAUUUCACUUUUAGAAGCUUCUGAGGCAGAACUGUUACUGGAGCAAGAGGUAAGGAAAUAUUUCCCAUCCACAGGAGAUUUCCAACUUUUGACAUUGCUGAAAAGAGUGUUUGAUCGAUUUUUUUUGCCAUGUUUGAGAGCGAUUGGUUAAAAAGUAACGAAGAUGUAGCUGCCCAGAGUCAUGUUGGGGGAGUGAGGGCCAAAUUUAUAUCCAACACCGUACAAACGUAACUAUAAAGUUUUGCGAGUACUUGGAGUCAAAUCACUUGUUUCUGACAAUAUUAUCACUCAGCUGUCUUUAGAGCAAGGUGUCAUAUCCAGUUUUGCCUUGUAUUAUUUUGCAUGCUGGUCUGUCAUUGAUUUCAUUCGUGUAUCUUUUUCUCGUGAUUAUUUCUUUAUUUAACAUAGACACUUUUGGUUGGUUUUACUAUUUGUAUUCAGAUCCAUCUGUCUUUGAAAGAUACCUAGAUAAGACUGAAUUUACCUUGUUUUCUGUUCAUAGGAACUAACUUCUAUUGGUGAUGAGCUCAGAAAACGUUUGGAGCAGGAGAAGAAGGAAAUUGAAAGACUUAAUGUAAGAGUUAAUUCUUCCCAUUUAUAUCAGACGAUUCAGCGAUUGUUAAAACACUGUUCUACUGAAUACCCCUGUACCUACCUUCCUCCUUACCUCCUUAACUAACUAAGCACACCCACCCACCAAACCGCCUACCCACCCAACUUCAUACCCAUCAACCUAUUCAACCAACCAUUGACUUACUGUACCCACCCACCCACCUAAUCUUCCCUCCUACCUUCCUACCUACCCACGUUUAAACUGUCAACAGCAUGCAGUACACUGAACAAAUGUGUUCUAAUUCAGUGAUCAAACUCGAUCACAAUCACACGAUGAAAUAAGCUUAAAUACACGCUUGGAACACAACAACUUGCUUUAACUGAAAAGAAUCUAUUUGACCCUCAACAAAGAAGAAAGAAAGCUAACAGAAGCAUUACCCUUGACGGUGGAAAUGACAAGGAGAAUUAGAACUUAAGCUUAAAUCCCAGAAGUCUUUACACAAACAAAGUUGCUGCGGAAACCACAAAGCAGCUGUAAAUAAAGAAAAACCUGCCGACUCUUUGUACUGAUUCUUCAUUCGUAGUCAUUUUUUAACUCCACGCAAGCAUGCCAUGCAGUCUGCUAAAUAUCAGAUGACAACCCUGCUAAAAUUUCUCAUAAUUAUAUAUCAUUAUGUGAAUGUCUGGACAAUCAACCAAUGAAAUUCACUACCCGGUUUUUGGGUAGUGACGUCACUGGACGGCAUUAAUGGCCGGUCGCUUCAGACGUUGCUGAGGGAAUAAAAACAACUCAAAGUAAUUGACUGUCUAAAUUUAGGCUACCCACUAAACUAUCUACAUGUACCAAACAAACACCCACCUUCCUACCUACCUACCCACCUACAUUUCUCCAUGCCCACUCACCUUAUCCACCUACAUUCCUACCCACCCUUUCACCUUUCUUCAUUCGUACCUACCCUCACUCCACAUACCACCCUUGUACCUCCGUCCCUACUUACCUAGCUAGGCUUAAGCAUAUUGUGCCGUAUGAUCAUUUUACAGGAAGAAAUAGCAGCUCUUGUGGCAUUGAAGGAAAAAGAUCCCGAGCUAGAGCAAAGUUCUGACUCAGAUUCGUCAGAAAGUGAAGUUGUAUCUUUUUUUGAUCAUGACUGGAGAUUAUUUUUUAUAUAUUGGAUAAUGAAAUGACAAUGAAUAUAAUGUGUAGUUCUAGAAAACUAUCGAUACCUCCAAUUUUGCUUUAGACUUGGAUAGGCACCCCCUGGAAAAGAUAUUUACAUCAAAAAUUAUGUGGCACUAUACUGUUAUGCAAAAGUUGAUUGUUUCUGCGAUAAAGAGAGAAAAAAUCUUUUUAUUCAUGUAAACACAGUUUCUAAUUGUCUCAAUUUUGCCUUGUAAAAUUUUUUCUCAGUUAAUAGUUAAAGGUAAGUCAAUGAGAAACAUGGAGGCGAUACCUUACACGACAAAAAAGAGAACCAGUUACAUUCAAACUAAACAUCAAGAGGACUUUUAGUUAAAAACAUGUUAGAAGAAGGCUUAGAACACGGCCACAUUGCGGUGAAUACCACAAUAUAUUGUGUAAUACAGCAGCAACAGUUAGCUAACUUGAAGUUUAUGCAUGAGCCUGUGACAACUAUUUUUUUGCGAAAGCUGUAAAAAAAACAAUCAGCCGACUGUAAAAAAAGGAUCAUUGAUGAAAACAAUAUUUUUGGUUUAAAAGAACGUUAACAGUAAAAUAAUAAUAGCUUGCUUAACAGAGCACCACCCCUUAGAAUUUUCAUUGCCCUCCAUGGGGGAGAGGGGGUGGGUAUGGAUAUUUUCUGGAUCAUCACAAUGGUCCUUGAAACUCUAUUAUAUUUUAUAUUAGCUCAAGGCUGUGCUCUAAGAAAAACUGAAGGGAGCCCAUUGCUCUGAACCUGUGAAAUCUACGGCGCCCAGCUUCUGAUUUCUUUAAAAAAACUAAGAUUUCCUUGUCACCGGGGAAAAAAUUAGGCAUUAGAGGCCACUGGGCGCUGUUAGAGCACAGCCUUGUGGCUAUGAGGUCUUCAGGGCUUCACAACAAAGAACCUCUCGGCUUGCUCUCGGGCAAAACCGUGGUGAGAUGGAAUACGAAGAUCGUUUAAGGAAACUGAAGUGGCCUACACUCGAAACACGUAGAUUGUUUCUUUCUCUAGUUGAAUGCUAUAAGGUCGUUUUUGGCAUGAACAAACUUAACUUUGACGACCUUCUUGAAUUUACCAAGUGCAAUUCAACUCGCGCUAACCAUCCGUGUAAACUAUAUGUUAAGCCAGCAAAGUGUAGUCCAUAUAAAUAUUCUUUUCCUAUCCGAAUCGUACGGGACUAGAAUAGUCUACCAGGAUCUAUCGUUGAGGCUGGAAGCCUGAGCCGUUUUAAGAGUGCGCAGAACCGCUUCCUAAAUAUCCGUUAGUUGUUUGUUUUGUUCAUCUACAAUGUAUUUAUAUUAUUUAGCAUUAGUGAUCCAAUUUAUUUCUUGUAAAUAGUUUUUAAAUGUCUAUUUUAUAUUCUAUAUUGAACAUAGCAUAUAUCUGCUUCCAUAUUUUAUUAGCGAAACAUCAUAGGUUAAACCUCCAGUUUUCCUUUUCAAGAUGUUUUAUAAUUUUUAGUUCAUCAUCUUGAAUAAAUACGUUAUGUUAUGUUAUGUUAACUCAGUUUGAUUCUCGGUUUCCCUUGUUUGCUGACCCUUAUGACUUUAAUUUCUAACUGUAAAAGUUUUUAGGGCAUGGGGACAGAGGAAACUAGGUUGAAACCUAAAUUACAUGAAUUUUUGAACUACAACAUCUUGGUUGACCACACUGGGUGAAACUCACAGGGUGGAAAUGACAAUGAAGUAAGUCAUAUUUUUAUCAAUGUACCUCUUUAUCAUGGAAUAUUCCUUAACUUUUUGAAAAUAGGAAGAUGAAGCUGACCUGGAAAGACUUUUACAGGAGCUGAAUGAACAAAAUGAGGAACUCGAGGUAAAAGGAGUACUGUAGUUACUUGAUUGAGUGCACAGCUCUUUCAUUUCGGUGCGGUGCUUAUUUGAGGGUGCUGCUUUUAUAGUGAAGCUCUUGAUGGGUAAUGGAUGAUAUAAUCAUACCGUUAAUGAAAUAUCCGCGAAAUUUGGUAAUCACAUGACCGUAUGCCCAUCCUCCCGUACGUCCGCACCACAGGGAAACCAAUGUCAAAUGUCGUUUUCUAGUAAGUGAGGCAAGCAUUCUCUUUCUUUAAUUUUCCUGUUGGUUUGUCCUUACCAGUCAUGUUAAAUAGCUAACUAUUGCUUAUGCUUCGCUAUAUGCUAAUGCAGUGAUUUUGUUACCUCUGUGUCCUGUGCUCCUGACGCAUAAAAAUUCCCAAAGACUCAAAAUGAUUUGUUGUAUGCGUCCCAUAGGACGCAAAUAUCGAUUGAUCGAUCUGAACGCGUUUUCGUAGAAUGUCCUGUUUGUGUGAUUUCUGUGGCUGUUCUUGUCAGUGGCUAUUGUUUAACGGCGCAUAUUUCUUUUAGUCUUUGUUUUGCUUGACAAUACAAGAAGUAUAUUUUUAUUUCAGUAAACUGUAAUGCACAGUUUUGGAGUCUGUCUCUAGAUUAACUGUGCGGUUAUAUAAAGACCCAGGGAAUCGUGUUUUUGAACUAGGACUCAAUGAUUCUGGACUGGGACUCAUGAUUUUUUACAAUAUGAGUCCCAGAACUCACCAUAACUAAUUGUAACAAAAUCACUGUAUAUGCUCUUUAUACUUUUCAUAGCAAAAGAAUACUCAGCUCUGCCGCAAUAUUCAUGAGGAGAGAGAAGCUUGUGUGGAGCUGCAAGUACAGAUUAGACUUUUCGAAGCCCGGGGACGAAGCCAGCAAAUGGAUCCUAAACCACAGGAACCAUCAACUGAAAUUAGGUGA